CAUUCUUCUAUUGUCUAUAGUGUAGCUGUCCUCAAACAUCAUGGCGGACAGUAAUGUGGAAUUUUAUUUGUAAAUCACAUUUUUUUCGGGGAAAGUAGUGAAAGUGCGUUUUUCAAAAUGGAUGCUGUUAAAUCGUUCAACGCAGAGCUCGCGGGGCUUUACGAAUGCAAGCCCCCGAUAUCGAAGGCAAAGAUGACAGCUAUUACAAAGGGCGCGAUAAGAGCCAUAAAAUUCUACAAACAUGUGGUCCAGAGUGUUGAGAAGUUCAUCCAAAAGUGCAAAACAGAGUACAAGAUUCCAGGCCUGUAUGUAAUAGACAGCAUAGUGCGACAGAGCCGACACCAAUUUGGCAUUGAAAAAGACGUAUUUGCUCCCAGAUUUGCCAAGAACAUCCUUGUAACUUUUUUCUACUUGUUCAAGUGCCCUCAGGAGGAUAAGAGUAAGGUAAUCCGAGUAUUGAACUUGUGGCAGAAGAACCAGGUAUUUGCAGAAGAUGUUAUACAGCCUCUGUUUGAUUUGGCUGAUCCUAACCAUCCCAUUCAGAAGGAAGUGGGUAACCAGAUAGCCCAGAAGGCAUCUAAAGCUAAGGUUCAGCAACAUCCUGGCCAGGAGCCUCAACAAGGCACCCCAGGAUCAGGUGUGGGAGGAGGUGGUGGCAGACAUGAUGGAAGAGGAGACAGUCAAAUGAACAACAAUUCAGCUAGCAUGCCUCAACAGGUGGAUGAUGAGUGCAAACUCGUACAUUUAGUGAACCAACAGCACCCUGUGCCAGUAACAAGCGUGUCCAAUCAGGUGAUGAGUGCCGCAGUCACCAACCUUGAUCCAAGCCUCAUCCAGCAAAUCCAGCAGAUUCUCAUGAAGCAGCCUACACAAGAUGAUGGUUCUGGAAUGAGUGCAGCUGCUGCUGCAGCAGCAGCAAAGCGUAUGGUACCACCAGUCCCUGAUGAGGUGAAAGGGCAAGGCAUUCCUGGACUCACAAACACAGGAGAUUAUGAUGGUCGAUCACUUCCAUUUCUUGCUGUGGAUACAUCGCAGCCUCCCCCAGGCUACCUGCCUCCAGGUCCAUUCAUGGGUGGCAUGCCUCCAACUCCCAUGGCAGUUCCUCCUCCUGCUCUAGAUUACACGCAAGUCCAUCCUCCACCAGAUAAGCCCAAGAGUCCGCGAGAAGAAGGAGAACACUCGGAUGACAGCGAUGACGUAAAAGAGAUUCAUCACGAGGAUCGUGAUUCUGACAGACGCCGUCGCAGCCGGUCUCGUUCUAGAAGCCGAUCACGACGUAGAAGACGUACCCGGUCAAGGUCGCGAUCCAGAUCCAGAUCCAGACAUCGAAGGUCACGAUCACGUUCCAGGGGUCGUGAGGUCCAAGGAUUGCAUGUGAUACUUGGAUCUCGCUCAAGAGAAAGAGACAGAGACAGAGAACGAGACAGAAGAGAUCGCGAUAGAGACAGAGACCGCUGAGAACGCGACAAAGAGCGGGAGAAAGAGAAACUCGACCCAGAAAAAGAGCGAGUAAGAGAGAAGGAGCGAGAGAAAGAGAAAGAGAGGAAGAAGAGAGGACUACCACCUGUUAAGAAGGAGUAUCUCAGUGUUUGUUCCACAACACUUUGGGUCGGCCACUUAUCAAAGCUUGUGCAUCAGGAAGAACUCUCAGACACCUUUGGGGAGUACGGAGACAUAGUGUCCAUAGACUUGAUACCUCCCCGUGGAUGUGCUUUCAUAUGUAUGAAUAGACGUCAAGAUGCUGCUCGGGCACUCUCCAAGUUAAAGAACCACAAGAUGCACAACAAGGCCAUCACUCUGGCAUGGGCUCCAGGCAAGGGUGUGAAGGGUAAAGAAUUCAAAGACUACUGGGAAGUGGAGGUUGGCUGCUCAUACAUCCCGUUCCAUAAGUUGAUCACCAUGAGCAGCAUUGACCUGGACAACCUAGAAGAAGGCGGCAUGAUCGACGAGGAAACUGUACCAGAUUGGCUCAGAGAAGACCCAGGCAACAGCAGGGAACUGCGUAUGCUAGGGGAGAUCUUCAGCCCCUCUACACCAGGUAAGCGUAAUGUUUUCCCCUAGGAGGUGCAUAGUGGC